ACUCUGACUGAGGCGCGCUUAUUUGAUUCCGCGCGAACCGAAUUACUUUCGACAAAACUCAAGUGGGGAAUUCCCUGAGGUAGUUCACUCCGUGCAGUACAUUUCAUAUCAUGCCCUUCAUACAUGUAGUUCAUGCAUUGGACAAAUCUACAGGUAGUACAGCUGUGCCUGGUCUGUGUUUGAUUCGAUUCUGAAGACAGUGCACGGUAUAGCCUUAGCCUUGGCUUAGGAUUUAGGAAUAUCAGUUAAGUCUGAAAGAGACAAACAUGACAAAUCUGUUAAUUGACCGCACAUCUCAUCGCCACCUCAAAGUCUUCAUUUACUGUACUCUGUAGUGUAGCCUUGCCCUUGUUGUAACUUGUAGUUGUAAUAAUCUAGGCCUUGCCCCGGGGACCUCGACACGUCUUCACACAGUACGUGUUCGGGCUGCCGCAGUAAGCCUAGGCCUAGCUAUAUUUUAUAGGCCUAGGCCCAACUUAGCCUUAGGCUACGAGUGUUCGGCUGCUGCCGCAAUAUAGUUCCGAGAGCCGUCCUCCCCCAGGAGUGAAAUCUACAUGUACCCUUGCUUCCACGUCAGGCUAGGCCGAGGAAAUCAUCAAUUAUCAUGGCGUCUACAUCAACAUCAUCGCAUGAAGAAAUAACUUUUAAACAGGGUACCAUCCAGCGACUGAUACAGAAGAAUUGUAAAGAAGAGAAGACAAAAAUAAACAAAGAUGCAUUGGUGCUUAUUGUGGAACUGGCUCGCAUCUUUGUUACUGAAGGAGCUUGUAGGUCAGCGCAGCAAGCCAAGUCUGAAUCAGCUAUGGUGGUUGAACCAAGACAUUUGGAAAAGGUCCUUCCUCAGCUGCUGUUAGAUUUCUGAUGGUCCAAAAUCUAGUGCAUCAAAAGUAAAGGACUUGCAUCCGUUGCUCUCCAUGAAAUGCACCUGUUCUACAAACAUUCUUCUGGAAGGAAAUGAUAUUGAUAAACAGACUUUCUCCUCGAAGUGCUAAUGAUCUACAAACUUUCUUGAAGGAAAUGCGAUCUACACAAUUUCUUCUUGUAGGAUAUGCAACUGAUCUACAAACUUUCUUGAAGGAAAUGCUAUUGAUCUCGAAACUUUCAUGAAGGAAAUGCUUCUGACCUACAAACUUUAUUCUUGUGAGGUCAGUCAGAGUCUCGGAAGUCAACAUGAAGAAGUUAUUCCUCUUUGCUGCAAUGCUAUCAGCACUGUAUGUAGUCGAGACCCGAGUUAUUUAUUUAUCAUCAUCACCGUUGCUGAUAUCGUAGCCUAAUCUAGCACAGCAUUAUACUGAACACAACAAUCUCUUGUAAGAUGGCACUCAGGGGACCAUGUCAUGAGAGCUGGCAGACACCAUAUGCUGAUGGAACGAUCCCCUGAAGAGUAUUUCACGGUGCAUCUCGUCAGUGAUUUUCACCGACUAAUUUGCUCUGAGCCAAUCAUAUACAAGGAUUUUAGUAGCUUAUAACAUUAGUCCAUGAAAAUCACAAUUAGCUUCAUGAAAUUGCUCCCUGAGUCUCAACUCCCAUUUCUUAUUUGAAUGGCCAAGAGUAGUUACACUACCAUGUUGAUCGCUGAUAACUGUAAUGUGCCCCAUCUAUGGGCAAUCCAUUGGUUGACACCAUAUUCAGGGCGAUUCCAUGCUAGAAAAAUCAGCCAUUUUCACAACAUUUUUCAACCUGCUGUCCAAACGAACAAAGAUCUUCAAUUUGCUUUGUGGUAAUAUUAAAGUACUACUGG